AGCUUAUAACUUGAACCAUCGCUGUAACUAUGCCUCCUCCUUUUCCGACUGGUCCCUCUAGGGCUGCGACAGCUAAGGGAAGCCUCGUAGAGAGAGUCCCCAUUGUUAGUGCGAUCUAUAUGUUAUGUAAGGACUUUGGAUGGAAGCUUGUCACAAUGCUACACUUUACCAACCACUGGGCUAAGGGUUAUAGCUACAUCAUGCUGUCUGUUGUUACUCCGUUCUAUUUUCGUGCGAUGAACGUGAGUGGUCCAGAUAUGGAUCGAUAUUCUUCGGUAGUUUUCAUGCCUUGGGCGAUGAAGCCCUGGCUCGGCGUGGUAUCCGAUUCUUUUGCCAUCUUUGGUUACCACAAGCUCCCUUACAUGAUGAUCGUAAGCGUCCUCGGUCUAGUCGGUACCAUCCUGGCAGUAUCUCUCAACCUGGUCGAGAGCAAUGCGCCGAUUGCGACGGUUGGGCUUUUCAUGGCGAACCUUCAGUUGAUGGGGUAUGACCUGCUUGCUGAGGCAACAUACUCUAGCCGCUUACCAGCUGUCCCCAAAUCUGGACCGGCUCUGGUGAGCUACGUUUGGGUCGGAAAUCAGCUACUGGGUCUCAUCGCGACGCUGCUCGUCGGGUUCAUUGUUGAGAAUGCCGAUGGAGUGUGGGGCCUUGGUGGUGCACAGUGGGCAAUUCUGACAACGAUUUUCACAUCUUCUACUGUUAUCAUACCCGCGACGCUAAACUUCUUCGAGGAGAAGCGAGUGACUAAAGAAGAAGUCAAAGCUCAUCGUGAGCAUUUGUGGAGAAAUCAGACGACUGUUGCCAUUCUGUCGGUUGUGGUCGGAGUUAUGGCCGUGGCUUAUUCUAUCAUCGGCUUGUUAGCGGCCUCGAAUACGGUCACUUUCGUGGCCGGCUUUUUGAGCCUGAUGUUCCUCACUGGCUCGGCAUUUGCUGUGAUGAAGCCCAGUGAUCGGAAAGUUGAUGUUGUUCAAUGCGAUAUCGCAA